GGUUUCCAGAAUAUAUGUUCUCUGUUUCUUUCCUUAUUCGUAUUUGAUUGCUCUUGUUAACGUACUUAGCACUGCACUGUUCUUAAAAAUCAGUUUUCCAAAAUGAAAAUCCAGGCUCCCAUCUCUUGUGUCUCCAGUUGGUAUUUUCCCAGUUGUAGGGUUUGCCUGUUCGCACAAGUCUUUGCCUCACAGCAGAGUUCAACUUCCCCCAAAUUAAGGCAGUUAGUUUAUUCCUCUUUCUGAUGAUUGCCAUAUAUAGAAAAAAAUCUAAUUAUUUUCAUUGGGCAACCGUUCCCCGUGUCUUUCUUGUGGAACAUGACUGAUUUUGUUAACUCCACCAGGGGAAGAAUAAGCAGAACUUCCUGCGGGUGGCCAAAUUCUAUUCAAGAGCAUCCCCAGGAGGCAGGGAAUAGUUGAGGUUUGCUGAAAUAAACUCUUUUAUAAGUAUGAUGCUGUUGCUUUGUUAUUAUUUUUUCCAGUCUGCAUGGUGAAGAGGACUUUUCAUUUCACUGAGGUGAAAACUGGGUCUGUGAGAGGAGCGACUUUCUUUGAAAAAAAAAAAAAAUCAGAAACCAAUUACUUGAUAUGCAGAGCCAAAAGCCUCAUUCCCUUAACGAAAUCAGUGCAGUGUGCACUGUCGUUAACCUGAGGAAAGCGGCUGACAUCUCUUGAUUACCGCUGGAGGUGGAAGGACCGAAACUUGCAGGAUCCCCCUCCCCCUCGAGAGAAGGUUAGACCAGCCCUUUCUAGAGGUUCAUUUCGGCUCUCUGUCAUCGCCGGGACGCUGGCAGGGAAUGCGUGUCAUGGUUACAAGAGAGUGUGGUAACAUAUAACAACCAUGAAAGCCCAGCGGGAAAGGCUACAGAUUCCGGGGCUGACCUUGGAUCUCACUCCAAGGAGCCUGAGUCCAACCCCAUCCAGCCCAGGCAGUCCCUGUAGCCCUCUCUUCGCUUUUCACUUCUGGAGUUGCCGAACCAGCAACAGGAAAAGCUUGAUAGGCAAUGGACAAUCCCCAGCAUUGCCUCGGCCCCACUCACCUCUUUCUGCUCAUGCAGGAAAUAGCCCUCAAGAUAGUCCAAGAAAUUUCUCCCCCAGUGCCUCUGCCCAUUUUUCAUUUGCACGGAGGACUGAUGGACGCCGCUGGUCCUUGGCUUCCCUCCCCUCCUCUGGCUAUGGGACAAACACUCCCAGCUCUACGGUCUCUUCAUCCUGUUCCUCCCAGGAGAAGUUGCAUCAGUUACCAUAUCAACCGACACCUGAUGAAUUACACUUCUUAUCAAAACAUUUUUGUACCACCGAAAGCAUCACCACAGAGAACAGAUGCAGGAACACACCCAUGCGCCCUCGUUCCCGAAGUUUGAGCCCUGGACGUUCUCCCGCCUGCUGUGACCAUGAAAUAAUUAUGAUGAACCAUGUCUACAAAGAAAGGUUCCCAAAGGCUACAGCUCAGAUGGAAGAGCGCCUAAAAGAAAUCAUCACCAGCUACUCUCCAGACCAUGUCCUCCCCCUUGCAGAUGGAGUGCUCAGCUUCACUCACCAUCAGAUUAUUGAACUGGCUCGCGAUUGUUUGGAUAAAUCCCACCAGGGUCUCAUCACCUCACGAUACUUCCUUGAAUUACAGCACAAAUUAGAUAAGUUGCUACAGGAGGCUCACAAUCGUUCAGAAAGUGGAGAGCUGGCAUUUAUUAAACAACUAGUUCGAAAGAUCCUGAUUGUUAUCGCCCGCCCUGCUCGCUUAUUAGAGUGCCUGGAAUUUGAUCCUGAAGAAUUUUACUACCUAUUAGAAGCAGCAGAAGGCCAUGCCAAAGAAGGACAGGGUAUUAAAACUGACAUUCCCAGGUACAUCAUUAGCCAGCUUGGCCUCAAUAAAGAUCCUCUGGAAGAAAUGGCUCAGCUGGGAAACUAUGAUAGUGGGACAGCAGAAACACCAGAAACAGAUGAAUCAGUGAGUAGCUCGAAUGCUUCCCUGAAACUUCGAAGGAAACCUCGGGAAAGUGAUUUUGAAACGAUUAAAUUGAUCAGCAAUGGAGCCUAUGGGGCAGUCUAUUUCGUUCGGCAUAAGGAAUCCCGGCAGAGGUUUGCCAUGAAGAAGAUUAAUAAACAGAACCUCAUCCUCCGGAACCAGAUCCAGCAGGCCUUUGUGGAACGGGAUAUCCUGACUUUUGCAGAAAACCCUUUUGUGGUCAGCAUGUAUUGCUCCUUUGAGACCAGGCGCCACUUGUGCAUGGUCAUGGAAUACGUGGAAGGGGGUGACUGUGCUACCUUAAUGAAGAACAUGGGUCCUCUCCCCGUUGACAUGGCCAGGAUGUACUUUGCUGAGACGGUCCUGGCCUUGGAAUAUCUACAUAAUUAUGGAAUUGUACAUAGGGAUUUGAAACCAGACAAUUUGUUGGUCACCUCCAUGGGGCACAUAAAGCUGACAGAUUUUGGAUUAUCCAAGGUGGGACUCAUGAGCAUGACUACCAAUCUUUAUGAGGGUCAUAUUGAAAAGGAUGCCCGAGAGUUCCUGGACAAGCAGGUCUGUGGCACACCUGAAUACAUUGCACCAGAAGUGAUUCUGAGGCAGGGCUACGGGAAGCCAGUGGACUGGUGGGCCAUGGGGAUUAUCCUCUAUGAAUUUCUGGUUGGAUGCGUGCCGUUCUUUGGGGACACUCCAGAAGAGCUAUUUGGACAAGUCAUCAGUGAUGAGAUCAACUGGCCUGAAAAGGAUGAGGCACCACCUCCUGAUGCCCAGGAUCUGAUUACCUUGCUCCUCAGGCAGAAUCCCCUGGAGAGACUGGGAACAGGUGGUGCAUACGAAGUCAAACAGCAUCGAUUCUUCCGUUGCUUAGACUGGAACAGUUUGCUGAGACAGAAGGCAGAAUUCAUUCCCCAACUGGAAUCUGAAGACGACACAAGUUAUUUUGAUACUCGGUCAGAGAAGUACCAUCAUAUGGAGACUGAGGAAGAAGAUGACACGAAUGAUGAAGACUUUAAUGUAGAAAUAAGGCAGUUUUCCUCAUGUUCACAUAGGUUUUCUAAGGUUUUCAGCAGUAUGGAUCGAGGUACUCAGAAUUCAGGAGAAGAAAAGGAAGACCCUGGGGACAAAACUAAAUGCACAACUUUGCCAUCCACGGAAACGUUAAGCUGGAGUUCAGAGUAUUCUGAAAUGCAACAGUUAUCCACAUCCAACUCUUCGGAUACCGAAAGCAACAGACAUAGACUCGGUUCUGGGCUGCUUCCCAAGCUGGCUGUUUCAGCAGAGGCAGAACAUGAUGGGGCUGCUCCCCACCCCAGAGAGCUGCAUGAGGAGCCGGAAAAGCCAGCCCUCCCCCCGGCAGAGAGUGCUCAGGAGGAGCCCGAGGUCACCACCCCGGCCAGCACCAUCAGCAGCUCCACUCUGUCAGUUGGCAGUUUUUCAGAGCACUUGGAUCAGAUAAAUGGACGAAGCGAGUGUGUGGACAGUACAGAUAAUGCCUCAAAGCCCUCCAGUGAACCCGCUUCUCACAUGGCUCGGCAGCGAUUAGAAAGCACAGAGAAAAAGAAAAUCUCGGGGAAAGUCACAAAGUCCCUUUCUGCCAGUGCUCUGUCCCUCAUGAUCCCAGGAGAUAUGUUUGCUGUUUCUCCACUGGGAAGUCCGAUGUCUCCCCAUUCCCUGUCCUCGGACCCUUCUUCCUCAAGGGAUUCCUCUCCCAGCCGAGAUUCUUCAGGAGCUUCUGCCAGUCCGCACCAGCCCAUUGUGAUCCACAGUUUAGGGAAGAACUAUGGUUUCACCAUUCGAGCUAUCCGGGUGUAUGUGGGAGACAGCGACAUUUACACAGUGCAUCACAUCGUUUGGAAUGUAGAAGAAGGAAGUCCAGCUUGCCAGGCAGGACUGAAGGCUGGGGAUCUGAUCACGCAUAUCAAUGGAGAACCAGUGCAUGGACUUGUCCACACAGAAGUUAUAGAGCUCCUGCUAAAGAGUGGAAAUAAGGUGUCAAUCACAACCACCCCAUUUGAAAACACAUCAAUCAAAACGGGACCAGCCAGGAGAAACAGCUAUAAGAGCCGGAUGGUGAGGCGGAGCAAGAAAUCUAAGAAGAAGGAAAGUCUAGAAAGGAGGAGAUCCCUUUUCAAAAAACUAGCCAAGCAGCCUUCUCCUUUACUCCACACCAGCCGAAGUUUCUCCUGCUUGAACCGAUCCCUGUCAUCAGGGGAGAGCCUCCCAGGGUCCCCCACUCACAGCUUGUCUCCCCGAUCCCCUACACCCAGCUACCGUUCCACCCCCGACUUCCCAUCCGGUACUAACUCCUCCCAGAGCAGCUCCCCAAGCUCCAGUGCCCCCAACUCCCCGGCGGGGUCUGGACACAUCCGGCCCAGCACGCUCCAUGGUCUGGCCCCCAAACUCAGCGGGCAGCGCUACCGGUCAGGAAGGCGGAAAUCAGCCGGCAGCAUCCCCCUGUCUCCACUGGCCCGGACACCCUCUCCGACCCCACAGCCCACCUCCCCGCAGCGGUCCCCAUCCCCUCUGCUGGGGCACUCACUUGGCAAUUCCAAGAUGGCCCAAGCCUUUCCCAGCAAAAUGCACUCCCCACCCACCAUCGUCAGGCACGUCGUGAGGCCCAAGAGUGCGGAACCCCCUCGGUCCCCACUGCUCAAGCGCGUGCAGUCGGAGGAGAAGCUCUCUCCCUCCUAUGGAGGCGACAAGAAGCACCUGUGCUCCCGCAAGCAUAGCCUGGAGGUCACCCAGGAGGAGGUGCCGCGGGAGCAGCAACAGCGGGAGGUGACCUUGCAGAGCCUGGAGGAGAACGUGUGCGAUGCGCCUGCCCUCAGCCGGGCCAGGCCCGUGGAGCAAGGCUGCCUGAAACGCCCCGUGUCCCGGAAGCUGGGCCGCCAGGAGUCUGUGGACGAGCUAGACCGAGAGAAGCUGAAGGCCAAGGUGGUGGUGAAGAAACCUGAAGGGCUCUCGGAAAAACAGGAAUCCCGCCCGAAGCCCCACGGACUCAGCAGUGACUUGGAAAACCUCUGCGCUUUUAGGCUCGAAGAGAGAGAGAAGAAAAUCUAUCCGAAAGCUUCAGAGAGGUCAAAUCAUUUAGAGAGCAAAGCAGCCGGGCAGGAGGCGCAGCCCCUAUGCAGCCUUUUGAAAGACGCCCUCCACAAGCAGGCCAGCGUGCGGGCCAGCGAGGGUGUCGCCUCUGAGGGCGCGCCGGCGGCUGGGGACCACGGCCAGGGCACCUGUGACCUCAAACGAGCCUCGACUCACAGCACCCUCCCGGACGGCCUCUGUCACGCCCCCCACAGGUCCACCUCUGGGAAGGCGGACACCGCGGAGAAGGCCCCCCAGGCCAAGGAGGGUCUGCGGUGUGAGAAGUUAGACAGCAAGUUGGCCAACAUCGAUUACCUCCGGAAGAAGAUGUCCCUCGAAGACAAAGACGAGAGCCCCUGCUCUGUGCUCAAGCCCAAGGUGACUUCCGGUGUCCAGGAGGGCCUGCCUGGGAGCCUGGGCCGGACCGUGGGAGGGCAGCAGGAGACCCCGCCAGCCCCCGAGGGCCGCACGCCGUUCAUCGGCAGCGCCCACGCGGCUCAGCUCAGCGCCGUCGCCUUCGUCCCUCUCAAGGCCCUUUCUGGUCGGGUGGACAGUGGAGUGGAGAAGCCGGGCUUGGCUGCGCCGGAGUCGCCUGCCCGGAAAAGCCCCUCCGAGUAUAAGCUGGAAGGGAGGUCUGUGUCAUGCCUGAAGCCCAUUGAAGGCACCUUGGACAUUGCUCUCUUGUCGGGACCGCAGGCCUCCAAGACAGAGCUGCCUUCCCCGGAGCCUGCCCAGAGCCCCAGCCCGGGCAGUGAUGCGGGGUCCCCCAUGCCCCUGGCUCUCCCCAGCAGCACAGGGAGAAAGACUGACCCUGCGGGUCAGAGAGAGCCCUCCCCCGCCAGCUUCAAGGUGAACAAAGCCUACCUGCUCGAGCCUCGGUUCCCGCCGUCCAGCCGGGGUCUGCAGAGUUCACCGGUGGCUGCCCUGCCUGAUCCAGAGCUGAAGCUGGACAAGAAGGUCUCCCAGGCAGCGCGCGCCCCAGCGACCAUCAUGGAGAGCCAUCCCCAGCGGGGAGAGGGCCACCCCAGCCAGCACCAAGACCGCAGCCCCGACGUUAAACUCCUUCCCUUCCCGGGGCAGAACCUCCAAGGUGCCAACGCAUCUCGAUCCCGCAGCCCACUCUCUCCUGAAAGUGUCCCCCCCAGGGAGAAGCCUAGUGGGAGGGAGUUGUCCGAAAGGGGCCCUUCCGUAGUCAAGAGCGAGCGGUCAGCCACAAGGCCCGACCUCCGCAAAGAGCCCUCCAAGGAGCUGUGUCCCCCAGAAGCUGCUAAACGCAGCGACAGCUCCCAAACCCUCCCUGUGCUGGGGAGGACCCGCCCGGAUGUCUCCACCCAGACCCAGGCCUUGGAGAAAGUGUGCGGGCCUUGCGGGAGAGCAAACCCCAGAGACGGCCAAGAGGAGGCGAGGUUGCUGGCCAGAGAGGACUCUUUGCGCUCUGCGGGGGCUCCUUGUGAGAGAUAUCUGGGCGCAGAGAGCGGCCUGGAAUCCAGGAUGGAACCCACUUCUACCAGGUGGUGUCUGGAGCCACCCAGGACGGAGAGUGAGAAGAGUGAAAGGCCUUCUGGUUUCCAGUCUGUGCAGAAAGACGGUCCCAAGGAACCAGAAAGGAAAGAACAGCCCCUGCAAAAGCACGUCACCAGUGGUUCUCAGCCCAUUCCCAAGGAACUAGAACGGAAAGAACCGUGUUUGCAGAAGCACCUCACCAGUAGUUCUCAGCCAGGUCCCAAAGAACUGGAAAGGAAAGAACAGCUCCCACAAAAGCACCUUACCAGUAGUUCUCAGAUGGGUCCCAAGGAACCAGAAAUCAAAGAACAGCCUCUGCAAAAGCACCUCACCAGUAACUCUCAGCUGAGUCCCAGAGAACCAGGAAUGAAAGAACAGCCUCUGCAAAAGCACCUCACCAGUAACUCUCAGCUGAGUCCCAGAGAACCAGGAAUGAAAGAACAGCCUCUGCAGAAGCACCUCACCAGUAACUCUCAGCUGGGUCCCAGGGAACCAGAAAUGAAAGAACAGCCCAUGCAAAAGCACCUCACCAGUAGUUCUCAGCCAGGUCCCAAGGAACCGGAAAGGAAAGAACAGCCCCCACAAAAGCAUGUCACCAGUAGUUCUCAGCUGGGUCCCAAGGAACCAGAAAGGAAAGAACAGUGUUUGCAGAAGCACCUCACCAGUAGUUCUCAGCCGGGUCUCAAGGAACGGGAAAGCAAAGAACAACCUCCACAAAAGCAUGUCACCAGUAGCUCUCAGCUGAGUCCCAGGGAACCAGAAAUGAAAGAACAGCCUCUGCAAAAGCACCUCACCAGUAACUCUCAGCUGAGUCCCAGAGAACCAGAAAUGAAAGAACAGCCUCUGCAAAAGCACCUCACCAGUAACUCUCAGCUGAGUCCCAGAGAACCAGGAAUGAAAGAACAGCCUCUGCAAAAGCACCUCACCAGUAACUCUCAGCUGAGUCCCAGAGAACCAGAAAUGAAAGAACAGCCUCUGCAAAAGCACCUCACCAGUAACUCUCAGCUGAGUCCCAGAGAACCAGGAAUGAAAGAACAGCCUCUGCAAAAGCACCUCACCAGUAACUCUCAGCUGAGUCCCAGAGAACCAGGAAUGAAAGAACAGCCUCUGCAGAAGCACCUCACCAGUAACUCUCAGCUGGGUCCCAGGGAACCAGAAAUGAAAGAACAGCCUCUGCAAAAGCACCUCACCAGUAGUUCUCAGCUGGGUCCCAAGGAACCAGAAAUGAAAGAACCGUGUUUGCAGAAGCACCUCACCAGUAGUUCUCAGCCGGGUCUCAAGGAACGGGAAAGCAAAGAACAACCUCCACAAAAGCAUGUCACCAGUAGCUCUCAGCUGAGUCCCAGGGAACCAGAAAUGAAAGAACAGCCUCUGCAAAAGCACCUCACCAGUAGUUUUCAGGUGGGUCCCAAGGAACCGGAAAGGAAAGAACAGCCCCCACAAAAGCACCUCACCAGUAACUCUCAGCUGGGUCCCAAGGAACUAGAACGGAAAGAACAGUGUUUGCAGAAGCACCUUACCAGUAGUUCUCAGCCAGGUCCCAAAGAACUGGAAAGGAAAGAACAGCUCCCACAAAAGCACCUUACCAGUAGUUCUCAGAUGGGUCCCAAGGAACCAGAAAACAAAGAACAGCCUCUGCAAAAGCACCUCACCAGUAACUCUCAGCUGAGUCCCAGAGAACCAGGAAUGAAAGAACAGCCUCUGCAGAAGCACCUCACCAGUAACUCUCAGCUGGGUCCCAGGGAACCAGAAAUGAAAGAACAGCCCAUGCAAAAGCACCUCACCAGUAGUUCUCAGCCAGGUCCCAAGGAACCGGAAAGGAAAGAACAGCCCCCACAAAAGCAUGUCACCAGUAGUUCUCAGCUGGGUCCCAAGGAACUAGAAAGGAAAGAACAGUGUUUGCAGAAGCACCUCACCAGUAGUUCUCAGGUGGGUCCCAAGGAACCAGAAAGGAAAGAACAGUGUUUGCAGAAGCACCUCACCAGUAGUUUUCAGGUGGGUCCCAAGGAACCGGAAAGGAAAGAACAGCCCCCACAAAAGCAUGUCACCAGGAGUUCUCAGCUGGGUCCCAAGGAACCAGAAAGGAAAGAACAGUGUUUGCAGAAGCACCUCACCAGUAGUUCUCAGCCGGGUCCCCAGGAACUGGAAAGGAAAGAACAACCUCCACAAAAGCAUGUCACCAGUAGCUCUCAGCUGGGUCCCAGGGAACUAGAAUGGAAAGAACAGCCCCCACAAAAGCACCUCACCAGUAGCUGUCAGCCCCCACCCCCCACCAAAGAGCUCCCUGGCCUGGCUUGUCAGCACUACAUCCUGCCCGGCCACCCCGCUGCCUCUCUGCCGGGGAGCAAGCCCUGUGCUACAGACUCCAGCUUCCAGGACGCUCUCAGGCCUGCUGCUCUGCACGGUGACAGCAGCAGCCAGAAGCCCAGGUCUGACCCCAGCCUGGGCCCUCCAAAGUCUAAGUUCCCAGACUGGCCCCUCUCCUCCCAGAAGCCGGGCGCCGAGGCUGCAGUGAGCAAAGAGCCUGGCGCUCAGACCCUCGGCAGAGUGGGGGUGGGGAGCGGUAAGGGUGCGUCAGAGGAGUUCCCUGUCCUCCCAGGUCCCCAGGAGACAGCCCGUGAAGUGACUGGCCAGGGAGCCAGUGGGCGCUCAGUCCCCCUGCCCACGGAAGGGGGUCCUCGGGACACAAAGCUGAGACCCACCAGCGCUGGGUGUCCCCCAGAGGCACUGGAGAUGCGAGGACUCCUCGGGGCCAGUGAGUCAGUGGACCAGAAACUUCCCACCGUCAGGGAAAGGCAAAACCUGUCUCCAAAGGCCCCCACACCAUCCACUGUGAAAGAUUGUCCCCCUCUGUGCAAACAGACAGACAGGAGCCCGAGUCCGCUGGCCACCAGCGCCGACGCCGGCAAGUCUGAAGGGAAGAAACGCACUGAAGCACUUUACACCCCUGCGGAUGGUGAGAAGCCGGGUGCCGGCUUGACCUCAGUGCACAGUGAGGCUGGGCCCAAGGGUGCGGAGAAGCCGGCAGCAGCCGCUGGGAAGGGCUGGCUGGAGGCCAAGGGGCAAGGGCCCAGUCCCCAGAGGCCACUGAGCGAGGCGACCAAGCCCAGCGGCAUGAAGCAGUCACCCUCAGCCACAGUGCAGGGUUCUCUCUGCUGUGCCACCCUCCCAGAGAAGUCUCUGAGCUACUCCUGUGGCUUUCCCGAGGCCAGACCAGCAGUUCCAGAGACUUCUACCACCUCCAGCGACGCCUCCUCUGCCAAGGCCAGCGAGCCUGCAGCAGAACCCCCAGCCUCGAGCAGCAGGGACCAGCGGAAAGCCCUGCCUGGUGAGGGCGGCAGAACCCAAAUGACCAAGAGCGACUCCUUGCCAUCCUUCCGCAGCUCAGCUAUCACUCUGGAGUCCCAGCACCCCAACCCUGGCCUGGUGGCGGGCACCAGCCACCGGGACAGGGCCCUCUCAGUAACCGCCGCCGUGGGAGAAGCCAAAGGGAAAGAGCCAGCCCCCACCCCGCCAGCUCAGACCAGGAACCAGAGUGUGGGCAGAGAGGCGGCCAAGCCGUCCCCCGCUCCAAGCACUGAGCGCCCCGCCGUUCUCCCUUCUGAGAAGGACACUGGGCUGCGACAGAGGCGGGGGAAAGAGAGUUUGCGCGGCAGCCCCCACAAAAAGGCCUUGUGAUGGGGCAGGCCCGGGCGGUACUGGGGAAACCCACCCUGCGUGUGUAACUGUGUCUUGACUACCUUGGAAACCAGCAUUGUGGGACACCACCCCCCCACCCCCCUGCUAUCGGCAGAGCCUGGAGCCUCACUGAAGAAGCUAGGAGACAAGAGACAGAGAAAGAGGGGACCUUCUUCCAAAUGCCUUCCCAAAUUGGAACCGGUAAACUGUUACCAGAUAGUGUUUGUACAAAAUAAAACAACAAAAAAUUCUUUCUGGUUGAGGUUGAGGGUUGUUGAGGGAAAAGACUUUCUCUGUAAAUAUCUAGCAAUGUGUUUGGAUUGGGAUGUAGAGUCGAUACCUUGCUGAUGGCAUCAUUUACUACAACUUUUGGGGUUUUUUUAGUAGGAUGUUUGCUCUACCAUUGAUCACGAUGCAGUCAUGAAGCAAAAUGGCUAAAACAGGGUGCUUGUUAAAAUAUAGAUGCACCCUUGUUUGUGUAUAUACACAUCCACCCACGUGUUUUGGUCUGUGGUUGAAGAGACUCUUGCAAGGCUACAUUUUUUUUUCUAAGCUAAAACAUUCUGAGUAGAGUUGAUGGUGAAGGCAAGCCUGAAAUACACUAGAUUGUGAGUUUGUAUGUGUAUUUUUAACCAGAAGUUUUGAUAGCACUAUAUCUGGCUACCUAUCUUUCCAGAUCUAAAGCAAGAAUGACUAGAAUCACUGCAUCUGGAAUGCUCCUCCAUCAGGAAUGGUCACAACAGAUGGAGCUAGCCAUUUUCAUUUCACUAAUGGCCAUUUUGAUCCUGGGCCCAACUGUCUCAGAGGCCAGUCGUCCUUGUCUGUGGGUGUGUGUCAACUCUUCACCGUAGGUAGAUCGAGGGCUAUAAACACACGUUGAUUUUUAUUUCUGCUCUGGUUUCCCUCCUUCCCAUGCUCUUAAAUAAACUCAGGCCUUUAUGCUAUGAGUCGCUAGUCCAAGAAGCACACAUUUUGUAGUAGUUCUGCGCCUGCCCUGCUGUUGAGCAAAAAAGAAAAUAACUGGCCGCACACAAAUCUGCUUGUAUUUAGGUUGAUUAAUAAGCACUAGGCAUUGGAAGAGGUUUUCACUUUGCUUUUUUGAGGAAAAGUGGAGGGGGUAUGGAUUUUGGCAUCAUAGCAUAUAUUUUAAGGAAUAAUCAGGACAUCAGAUACAUUUUAAUACAUAGCUGGGGCCUUAUGUUGUAGAUGAAGCUUGCUGUUUUUAGCAAGUUCCUGGGUUUCACAUUCAUUUCUGGUGCAUCAGGUAGCUCCAUACAUUUCAUAACAUGGUCUCUUUAUUUGUAUGCAAAAAAAAAAAAAAAUACUAUAUUAAUAAAGAGCAGCAUUUUUGUAACAAAAAGACUUGUUGGAGCUAUUUGGUGCUUGAAUGUGACUGUCCUUUUUACUUUUGCUAAGCCUUAUUUAAAUUUUGUAUACCAUGGAAUAUGUAGGAUUUGUCCAAUCACUUUAGUGCUGAGGGGGUCUUCGUGUUUUUUUGUUGCAGUUUUCCUGGUGGCUUGUUUUGUGUUAUGAGACGGCACUUGCUGACAUAAGUACUAAGGCACUAAGAGAAAAUACACACAGCUAAGUAUUUAUAAGAUGCUUGGGAUCCAUAGCAGGAUUUUUGUUUUGUUUUAUAAGAGAAAAAAAUCACCAGUAAAUACUAGUCCAGCACCCAAUCCCCCUCCCCCGCAGGGAUGUCUUCGUAUCUUCAGGCUAUGAAAUUGUUCACCUAAGCACAGCAUCAUCUUACAUCCCUGUGGAUUGUAAAUCAUUUAGUGAGGCUGUAAACUCCACUCCAAAAACAAAGGCAUAACUUAACCAAUUGCUUGGUUGUCCUUCAUUGUAAAAUGAGUUGACAGUGGUGAAAAAACUCUCUUCCUUGCCCCUGAUUUUUUUUUCCCAUGAGAUUUUAGCCGUUUCCCAUCACCAAGUUGUGAAUUGUAGAAGAAACAAAUAUUUUGAAAGAACUUAAAUGGGUUUGAAAAAUGGUCUCAACAUUUAUAAUUCGUACCUGCAUUCGGCGGCUGUCAUAACCCAACCCUUCUGCACCCAGACAUCUGGACAGGUCUGUUGGGGAGGUAAUGUAUGGUUUACAGCCUUUGCUUUUUAACUGUCCAGUUUUCUUUAAAGCACAACUAGCUGCUUGUUUACAAAUGAUAUUUUAAAAUGUAUAUUUUGUAUAGCGUAUUAUCAUUUUUGCCAAAUAUGUUUUUGAUUUUGGAUGGCUACAGAGUCCCUAAGAUUGCAUUCGUGUAGUAACUGUUCGUUGUUGUAAACCUCUCCAGUCAGAUGGUAGAAAUCCUCCUGUGUUAUGUUUGGUUGGUCUCCUGUGAUUGUACGGUGUGCUCCUCGCUAGUACUCCCAGCUGUAGAUUUACCAGCUUAAAGUUUGUUAGGAUCUGUGCAAUAAAGUGUUUGCAGUCUUAUUUUCUCUAAGAAAUUCCCUAUGGAUGUCAUAAUUGUUGUAUAUUGAACAAAUAUUUAUACUUAUGCAGUUGCAUAACAUUGAAAUAAAAAUUUAGCAUGAAAA